UGGAUGUUGGAUUCUACUGUACUUCACCUGACUUCACUUCACUGACGCCACUUUGCCACGGCAAAAGAUGUUAUAAGUAUAUUCGGAAGUAGCAUUGAAUAUUGGCUGGAGCUAUUGCCAUUUUGCCACGGCAAAGAAUGUUACAAAUAUGUUGAAUUGUUCGUACGCAACACAAACAGAAUUGCAUGUUUGUUCCGCACUGACGUAGAAAUCACUGUCAGAAGUUCACGCCAAGAUUGAUCGGUGUAUCUCUUAGCAGUAGCAGUGUGAGGUAGCAGUUGUUACAAUGGACAAUUCUCGUGGACAGAUUUUCGACAAUUUAAGUGACAUGCUCUGUGGGUUAGGAUUUCAAAACCGAUCAUCACCGCAGCCAAUACCAAGUAGUUCUGAUACAAACCAGGAUAGCACUCUACAAGGAAAUGACUGUUAUGUUGUAUUAAAUGAAGGAGUGAAUACUUUUGCAUCAAACGAACAACAGCCACUUCUGUAUCAGGACAGGAGAUCUCCGCCAUUGCCUCCAAAGGCGAAAUCACAGAAAAAAAAUCUUCCUAUGAGUCCAUCGUCUGGCUCCACACGUUGGUAUGAUGACAGGCCUCAAGAAGCACGAGUUCCGGAUCCAUUCCCAGAAUUAGGAAUGCUGUCCGGCAGUUAUACUGACCUUGAUAAAAGGCCAUUUCUAAUGAGGAUUUACAAUGAAGACGGCAGCGUGCGGACAGUGACUGUGGAGAAGGAUUACUUAGCAAGGGAAGUGUGCUACCUCAUGGUACUGAAGAACCACAGUAUUGAUGAUAAAAACUGGGUCUUAGUUGAGCAGCUUACAGAUCUUAAACUUGAACGCUGUCUUGAGGACCAUGAGAUAGUACUGCAGAUCUACCAGACAUGGGAUGAGAAUUCCAAUAACAGAUUUAUCUUUCGAAAAAACUUUCUCAAGUAUCAACUUUUUGAAAACCCAUCGAAUUUUUUUCCUUCACAUAUGAUUGAUAGUAAAGAGGAAUGUGAAACACCACUCACAGAAGAUGCGGAGCAGGCAAAGAAAAUACUUUUAGAGAGACUCUUCACCAACACGGAACGUAUACCAGAAAUGCAUGGCUUUCUCCAUUGUAAAGAUGGCAACAAAAGAAGUUGGAAAAAAUUAUUUUUUAUGCUGAGAGCUUCCGGGCUAUAUUAUUCAACGAAAGGUUCUUCUAAGGAAUCUAAACAUCUGCAUUGUUUUUCACAAUUUACUGGUGUUCAUGCGUAUACUGCAGUGAAUGGUAGAAAGCAUUUUGGUGCUCCAAAUGACAAUGUCUUCUGCUUAAAGCCAGUACAUUCAUCUGAUUUGCGAGAGAUUAAAUGUUUGUGCGCUGAAGAUGACGGAACCCGACAGUCGUGGAUCACUGGAAUACGGUUGGCAAAGUAUAAAUCGCAACUGCGCAAUAACUACCUGACGUCGCUACGAAGACAAGCCAAAUUACAAGAUUUAAAUGCAGCUGAUUAUAGCCCUCGAUUGGUAGGUUCAUUUGAUAUCUCUAGAUACUAG